UGUUAGACACGUUAGAUUUAAGUUAAAAGUAAGUACCUGGCUGAUAGGCAUAUCAUUUUUAUUCGUGGAACAAGGUCUGUGUUAUCCUACACGAUGAGCAGCUUUGAGGCCCAAUUUGUGGAUGGAAACGACGCUGCGCUUAUUCAGAAAGUUACCUCAGCGAUGGCAAUAGCAGAUGAACUAAAAAAUAAGGGUAUGCUAUGUGAUGAAAAAUAUUUAGAGAUCAGAGCAGAACAAACCAGCCAGGGCAAAAUGAGAAUGCUGUUUGAAGCACUAAAUUCUGGAGGAGACAGAGUGAAGCAUGACUUUUAUUAUGCUCUGAGAGAUCAUGAACCACACCUCUUCAAAGACCUGGGUUAUUUCAGCUGGAAACACAAGCCUCCAGUUCAUGAUUCCAAAGUAGCAACCAGACAUAAAAGUUGGAGGGAGAUGAUUCUUAAGUAUAAAGCAUCAGUCAUUGAUAAAUGCAAGUUUGUGAUCGAGUGUAAUCUUCCACCUGUUGAACGUGUGGAACUGACCGCCCGUUAUACUGAACCGGUCAUCAUUCAGAAGAGCAAAAAAACAGAUGAGAAAUACUAUCGUAAAUUGGUGAGGUUUGUGAAUCAUUUUGGACAAAAAACAAAACCAUCAUCUCAACUGUUAUCAAAUGACAAGAAUCACAGCAUCAGAAUAGACCAGCUGUUCAGUCCUGACAGUGACGGAAACAGACCGAAAACUGUGAUUCUCAGUGGAGAUUCUGGAAGAGGGAAAUCUUUCAUGCUACAGAAGAUCAUGUUGGACUGGGCUUCUGGAGAACUUUACUCUGAAAACUUUGAUGUAGUUUUUCUGUUGAAGUGUGAAGAGCUGAAGUGUAUUUCUGAGGAGAUGAACUUGUUUGGGCUUUUGAGCUGGAGCUGCAACUUAACAUCAGAUCAGAUCUCACAUAUACUAGAGUUAACACCAAGGAAAGUCCUCAUCCUCAUUGAUGGAAGUGAUGAGUUCUCUUUUGAUUCACAUAUUCAGAUAUCAUCACCCACUAAUCCAUCGCAGAAAGCCCUACCAAUGGACACUCUUAGGCGUCUGCUGAAUGGACUGAUUCUGCCUGAGUCUUUCCUGCUGGUUACCACCAGAUCAGCUGCAGAUACAGAAAUGAAUCUCCUCAAGGGACCUCUGCGUUUCACUGAGAUUAUGGGUUUCUCUGAGAGAGGGGUGCAGGAGUACUUCCAGAAGUUCUUUCAGGAUGAGCAACUCUUCAGCAAAACACAUGAGAGUCUAAAAGCGAAUGAAAGCCUCCUGACUGCCUGCUCUGUGCCUUUGCUGUGUUGGAUGGUCUGUUUUUGUCUGAAGAAACACUUAACCGAUGACGAUCGUGUGAUGAGAGAACUAAAGACAACCACCUCCAUAUAUAUGCUCUUUGUGUCCACUCUACUAGAGCAUCAUGGCCACAGUCAGUCUGUCCUUUCCACGCUGAAGAGCCUGGGUCUGCUGGCAGAGGAAGGGAUGAAGAAGCAGCAGGUCUUUCUUGAUGAAAAGUGUGUAGCCAAGACUGGUUUAGAUCCAGCUACUAGUGUGUUCUUGUAUAAAGAUAGUUUGAAAAUAAAUAACAGACAGGUGCCAGUGUUUAGGUUUAUGCAUUUCAGCUUUCAGGAGUUCUUCACUGCUCUUUCUUAUGUUUUAAUGGAUGAGGAAGAUUCCUGGUUGAAAAUAAGGGAGCUGCUUUACAGGGUGGAUUGGGGAGAAAAAAUCUACAGGCCAUCACCAGAAAGAUCAAAUCCCAUCCAUUCCAUUAUGCUGUUUCUCUGUGGUCUCUCAAAUGAGGAGAUGAGCAGCUCACUCUUUGAAAAUAUCAAGUGGACUGUUCCUCACACCAUAAAUCUGAAGCAAGAACUGCAUAAAAGUGUUAUUAGAAGGACAACAUAUCAUGAAAAUAAACUGUUAUUUGCUCUCCACUGUCUGUAUGAGCUCCAAGAUGAGAGAUUUGGCAGUGAAGCUCUGAUUACACAAAACUUGAUGGAUCUGCCUAACAUUUCCCUGAGGAGCACAGACUGUUGGGUGCUGCUGAACUGUCUUCAGUGCUUUCCACGCAUCAGAUACCUGAACCUCAUGUACUGUGAUUUAACAGCCGAGAAACUCAAGAUUCUUCAGCCAGCACUCUGUAUGUGUGAGACUCUGAGGUUGUCAGUGGAGCACCUGUCAGAAGCUGGAGAUUUGAUCCAGAGUCUUGAUGAAUCAAAAAUCUUGAGCAGGCUGAACGCUCAAGAAGAUGAAUACAGUGCUGAGAGUCCCAGAUGGUCACUUGACCUGUCAGUCACUCAUGGAGUUGUCUUGUUGUCUUUGCUGGAAAUGACGGAUUCUUCUCUGAGGAGCUCAGUCUUAAACAUCAGUCUUACAUGUCCACUAUCAGAGAUAUCCAGCACUGACUGGACACUCUUCUUACAGAGACUCAGCAAGGCAGGAAAAGUAGCAGAAGACUCUUCAGCUCUUGAUGAGCUUGUCAGUUUGCUGCUGUCUUCAUUUCACUCUGUGGGUUUGAAGACACUGCAUCUGGAUUUGGUCAGUUUGAAUAAGAGCUGGGCUUCUGGGAUCAUUUCCCUCGUCCAGACCUGCAGCAGUCUACAGCAGCUCAGUGUCGGUGUCACUGGAUUGCUUUUGGAGGAGGGACUCAUGUUACUAAAGAAAUCACUGACAGAUCCACACUGCACUGUGACGAUUGAAGGGAGGAAGUGCAGUAAACCCACUGACCAGUGCAAAGAACAGGACUGGAGCCACAGCUGUAAUAAGAAAGUGAAGAUUCACUUCAAACCAAAGGUUUUGGAAAAGCUGGAAGAGAGGAAGUGCAGUAAACCCACUGACCAGUGCAAAGAACAGGACUGGAGCCACAGCUGUAAUAAGAAAGUGAAGAUUCACUUCAAACCAAAGGUUUUGGAAAAGCUGGAAGAGCUGAACAUCUCUGAACCGUCUGGACUGAAUCUUCACCCGCUUCCAGUGUGUCAGUUUUGUGUUCACAUUGGUGAUUCUGAUCAGUGGGUUCAGGUGGAGCCGUCAGUCUGUACAGAAUCAGAUGAAGGAGGGUCAGAGUUCAGGAUCAGCACUCCGGCGGGUCGAUUCGAGUGCAGCAGGACCAGAAUGCGAUGGGUCUGUGCUGGUGACGUCACUCUCCAGUACCGUGCAGUGGAUGGACGUUUCCUCAGAGCAGAGCUGGAGAAACUUCAGCGUGAGAGAAUUGGACCUGUGAUUGAUGUGACAGUGAUCUCAGGGAAACUGGAGGAGGCCCAUCUGCCUCAUUACGCCUGUUUAGCAGAGUCAGACCCCUCUCUUAAAGAUGAUAUAAAGGUCCUCAGUGUUGAAGAAGAGGGAAUAUCCUUUGAAUCAGUGGAGUUGACUCGUUUUCAUGCUAAAAUACUCCAACCAUAUUUUUCUCCUAAAACAUUGCUUAUGAAACUAGGGAUAGCAGUGAAACUGCACUGUAAUCUACUGAUCUUCAUGACACACAAAGACCCCAUCAUCCUCCAUGUGUAUUUUUUCCCAAUAGAUUCCGUUUUUGAAGAAAAAAUUAAAAAAGAGAAACAAUUGAGUCAUCAAAUCGAUCUUCCAAGACCUGAAACCCCAUUAGAGAUGAAUAAACAACACAGUCUUGAGGUUCCUGGUGCUUUUGUCCAACCCAAAAAGAUCAAGCUAAAAGGAGACAUCAAGCCAAACUUUUUUGAGGUCAAUCUUUCUGUGGUCGAUGACAUCAAUAUGACUCUCAACCGAGUGGAUGAUCAGAAAUCAGUCUGGACUGCAAAAAUUUGCAAAGCUUUGUUUGGAUUCAUGGUUCCUUUUGAAUCUAAUUUGUUGCAAACUGGACAAAAGCACAAGACACCACAAGUAGCUGUCAACUUUGAUAAAGUUCAGUUUUUUGAUAGAAAUUGGUGUGACCUUAUUAAAAGCAUUAAGAAUGUGCACGCCAUCGCAGACAAACUGUGUCGCAAGCAAAUCAUUCAUGAAGAAUUAUAUACUGAAAUCACACUUCCGACUUCAACCAGUGAAGCCAGCAUGAGGAAGAUCUGUAGCAUAGUGCGUAGUGGUAGUGACACUGUAAAAAAAAUUUUCAUCUCCAUUAUUCUGGAAGAAGAUCCCGACCUUUUAAGUCAUCUGCCUUUACCUGACUCUUAACCUUUUUUGCUUGACAUUUCGAAAUUGUUUUACAUUAUUUGGAAAACUAAACUACAGGCAACCAAUGCACUCGAGAGCUCACCCUACUAUACUGCAGCUUUUGGAGAACAGUAUUUUAGUAAAUCGUGUUCACUAUUAAAGAACAUUCAAAUGCUCUGCU